UCAGUUAGCUCGUGCAUUGGAACACGGUGAGCGCGCGUGUGUGUGUGUGUAUGAGUGUGUGUGCGCAGCUGACCCCGCGAGCUCAAUGGACUAGAUUCCCGGCCACGUCAGUAAAGUGAAGAUGAUGGUGGUGUCGGCUUUCUGAAACAAGGGACAGGCCCGGGGAGAAAGUCGGCUGUCCCUUCUGCCUUUGUGCAAAUAUUUGACGAAUUCCGGGGACGAAAAGGAGACUCGCGAGCUGGAACGUUUUUUCUUGCCAUAUUUGGAUGGAAAUUAUUUGUGCGGAGGCCCGCUUGAAUGAAAACGGAGCGUCUUCUCAGAAUAACUGAUACCACCGGCAUUUUUUAUGCCAGCUGGCACUUUUUUCGCCAUUGUAUUUAAUGCAGUUAAAUGUGAAAAAAAUCCGUUAUUUACCUGCCGCGCGCCGAUCAGCGCUACAUCGAUUGUGACGUUACAAAGUCGUUGCAUUGUAUCGCGCUUAACAAUGCGGGGCGCGUAACAAUUGCAAAAAAAAAAUUCUAAAAUUAAAACCACGCUGUUUUCUCGCGAACAGUGAAGAUAUAGGUCAAAAUUCGUGCAUGCAUUGCAUGUGUGCUUAAAUCUUUGCAGUUAUUGCACAGAAGUGUUGCACAGAACCGGUGUUAGCAUUAAAAGCAAGGGAAAUCGCUGCUUCCCUCAUGCCUUUUGUUGUGUAAUGCACUUCGGACAGUGUUAAAUAGAGGACAUCUGUGUGUCAUUCACUUGCACUCCCUGUCCAUCAGACCCGUCUCUAAACCCCCAUAGAUCUGGACGUACCUCAUUGUAUACUCAUGAACAUACAGAGAUCCAGUCCCAUUAACAUUUCGCAUUAUGGGCGAUCGAGGCACAAAGCACACGACUUUGAAGAGCUCUCUUGCCUAAGGACUACAGAAUCGAGCCAGAGUUUCAGUCCCAAUUUAGGAUCUCCCAGCCCCCCGGAGACCCCCGACUCUUCUCACUGCAUCUCUUACAUUGGAAAUUACCUUUUGUUGGAGCCCAUCGAGGGAGACCACGUUUUCAGAGCCACCCACCUGCACAGUGGGGAAGAGCUCGUGUGCAAGGUGUUUGAUAUCAGUCGAUAUCAGGAGUCCUUGGCUGCUUACUUUGUGCUGGGCGCGCAUGAGCACAUUAAUCAGAUAGUGGAGAUUCUUCUGGGUGAUACGCGAGCGUACGUGUUUUUUGAGAGGAGCCAUGGCGACAUGCACUCUUUCGUUCGCACUUGCAAGAAGCUGCGAGAGGAGGAGGCUGCCAGACUCUUCCAUCAGAUAGCAUCCGCGGUGGCACACUGCCACGACAACGGCCUGGUUCUCAGAGACCUGAAGCUGAGGAAGUUCGUCUUCAAGAAUGAGGAUAGGAGCCUUGUGAAGUUGGAAAGUUUGGAGGACACAUACCUUUUGGAAGGGGCUGAUGAUUCCCUUUCAGACAAACAUGGUUGUCCAGCCUACGUGAGCCCAGAAAUCCUCAACGCAAAUGGCAGCUACUCUGGUAAGGCGGCGGAUGUGUGGAGCUUGGGUGUGAUGCUCUACACCAUCCUGGUGGGCCGCUAUCCGUUCCACGACAUGGAGCCCAGCUCGCUGUUCAGUAAGAUCCGCCGUGGCCAGUUUAGCAUCCCUGAGACGCUGACGCCCAAGGCAAGAUGCCUCAUCCGUAGCAUCCUGCGGCGUGAACCGGCGGAACGCCUCACCUCUCGAGAGAUCCUGGACCACCCCUGGUUCUCAGCCUCCACUGGUACGUCGGCCACUACUGCCCAUGGGAGGGGAGAACGUGAGUUGGAUCAAAUGGUACCAGAGGCCAACAUGGAAGAAGAACUAGAACAGUUCUUUAGCUGAGCACAAACUCAUCAGACAUUAUGCCACGUCCUUUUAGAUUAUCAAAAAAUACACUCAUUGCAAUGGUGUCUUGUAUUUCCCAUUCCAUGGAGAAACAUGGUCAAUUCCAGAAGGUGGUGUGGAACCCCUUCAGCUAGAACUUCUGGACAAUGCAAAAGGCAUUGAGUGAUGUAGCAAGACUUAUUUAGUUUUUUCCCCUGCUGAAAAAACAGCUUGAACCAGCCUAAGGUAGUUUGCUGGUCUAGCUUGUCUCCCAGCAUUGCCAAUCUGCAUUAAGAUGGUCUAGCUGGUAAAAAAAAAAAAAUGGCAUAAACAAGCCUAAGGUGGUUUGCAAGUCUUAGCUUUUUAAGUUGGUCUCCAACCUGACAAAGCUGGUUUAAGCUGGUCUAGCUGGUGUCCUGGCUUAUCCAAGCUGCUUUAAGCUGGUUUAGCUGGUCUCUCAGCCUGGCUAUGCUGGUUUAAGCUGGUUUCCCAACCUGGCCAAGCUGCUUUAAGCUGGUCUUCCUAGCCUGACCAAGCUGGUUUAAACUGGUUUAGCUGGUCUUCCAGCCUGAUCAAACUGAUUUAAGAUGGUCUAGCUGGUCUCACAGCUUGGCUAAAAUCAUUUAAGCUGGUCUAUCUUAUUUCACAGUCUGGCUAAGCUGGUUUAAAUUGGUCUAUCUGGUCUCCCAGCCUGGCUAAGCUGGUUUAUGCUGGUUUAGCUGGUCUCCCUGUUUGGCUUAGCUGGUUUAGCUGGUCUCCAAGCUUGGCCAAUCUGCUUUAAUCUUGUAUAGCUGGUUUCCCAGCCUGGUGAAGCUGGUGUUUAGCUUGUCAGCCAGCUGGUUUUCUAGUUUGACAAGUGCCCACAACCACUCUGAAAGUAUCAACACCAGCUUGGCUAGCCUGGAGACCAACUAACCACCUUAGACCUGUUUAAGCUGUUUUUUCUUUCUGCAGGGUCUUCAUUUUUUGUUAUUUUUUUAUUUUCACUUUAUGUGGUGCUCACAAGUCAUACGAGUCACAUGAAGCUACAAACAUGCAUUACAGUACAGAAGACCACAGCCAAGGAGAACAAACUAAAUAUCUGGCAAAACUGUAACAUCUUUCCUGUUUUGAACUCAGAGUCAAAGUAGAUGACCGUGUCUCCUUUUUAAUCUAUUCCUCAAAUGCAAUUUGUUGGCUGUCUGUAUUUUGAUUCUCUGAUUAUUUUAAGUAUUUUAUUAAACUUGUUUUAUUAAACUUGUUUUUUCAAUAACUCUCCAGGUCAAUACUGCAAAACCUAUGAUAUGCUAGCUGAUGCUGGCUGAAGAAUUAGCCUUUCAUCCCAAACUGUAAUUUUUGUUUGUUGAUUUGUAAGGCUGCAUUAAGAGAAUUAUUUGUUUUGCAUUAAGCUGUUUCUUUUUAUUGUAUAAUUGCUGCUUUUUUUGCUCUAACCUGAACUGAAACUUUCUCUGCAAGCCUUCAAAAAAAUCAAACGUCAAGCACUUGACUUGCCUAGGCUUGGAGAAUGGUCGAUUCCACUUCUCUGGACUAGUGUCUAUUUAAUUUAGUUUUUUCUUUUGCUGGAGCAAAAUGUAUCUUUUUAUUUAUAAUGUAACUACUGCUAUAUUUAAAAAGAAAUACGUGCAGGGUUUUCAAUAUCUUAAUUUUUUUUUUUUUUCAUGAAUAAUGUAGGCAAUACAUUUGACACAGGACAGGUUUGACUUAAGUAUCAAAGGUUGCCCUAAGUUUAAAAGUCAACGAUGUAACGUCAGUGCCAGUAAUUGCACAGCCUGAAACUCUCUCUUUCUUUUUUUUUUCUUUUUGCAUUUGACUCCAUACGUAUUAGAUGAUAUUUCUGCGACUGCAUAGUCUUGAGUACCUCAUAUUAACUCUACUGCCUGCAUAGGUCUGUUAAAUGAUCUUGUUCUGAAUUGGGUACAUGUAGACAUGUUUUGUCGUAUAUCAAUGUUACUUGAAAUCGUGAUUUAUAUUUAGUCAAUGGCAUGUGCCCUUUGAAUGCUUUAGCCUGCCUAGCAAGAGGGGAGUUCGUUUUUUUUUUUUUCUUCUUCCUUAAAGAAGAAUCUUACGAAGAAUUUAUACAAUUUGUUAGGAGUCCAGUUGCUCUUCAGAAUUUCUUUCAGUUUUUUAUUUUUAUUUUGGUCAUUGUGCUUUUUUUCUCCCAUUCUGCAGAAUUAACUGCCUACUUAAGUUGCCGCUGAUUAGGUGCUAAUUUUGAAGGAUUCUUUUUGUGUGUUAUUUUGUCCGUAUUUGCUUUUUUGGGUUGUUUUUUUUUCAAGGGGAGGGGGAGUGCAUGGUGGGAUAUCUGCCUCAGAUGCUCUGAUUGUAAUGUAACACAUUUUGGUGUUUUGUCCAGAUUUAUUCAGUAAAUAAAUUGUGAACUACGCA